AUGUUCGGCUUCAAAGCACUCAUCGCCCUUGCAGCACUCCCUCUUGGCGUCAUCGCAUCGGUUCCUGGCAACGGCUCCAAAGUCCUCGACAAUGGCAAGUAUGAGAUCGCAAGCGAGGGAAUUCGAGCGCACUUCAUGCCUUACGCUGCUUCCAUCACCAACUUGUUCAUCCAAGACGUGCACGGCGUAGAGCGCGACAUCGUCCUCGGCUUCGACAACGCCAGCUUCUACAGCAUCUCGAAAGCUCAUCCUCACCUGAAUGGAGUUCCCGGUCGAUAUGCGAACCGUAUCAAGAACUCGUCGUUUACAAUCGACGACGUCACCUACCAUACCGAUGCCAAUGACAACAAGGGACUCGACACGCUGCAUGGUGGUUCGGAUGGCUGGGAUUAUCGCAACUGGACUGUCUCCGCACACACAUGCGACUCGAUCACAUUCUCGCUCGUCGACCCUGAUGGGAAGGAAGGCUUUCCUGGCGAAGUGAUUGCCUAUGUCACGUACACUCUCACGCCGUAUCAAUGGUACCUGAGAAUGAAUGCACUGGCGACCACGAAGAAGACUCCGAUCAUGCUCACGUCUCACACAUAUUGGCAGUUGGACGGCUUCCAGAACCCUGCGACGCCACUUGCGCUGAACCACACCUUGCAUCUGCCGCACGCAGGCCAACGCAUUGAUGCUGAUGGUAUCCUCAUUCCAACUGGAGACGUCUCAGCCAACAAGAAGUACAGUGUCAAUGACUUCUGGUCGAGCCCGAAGCAGCUCGGCAGCAACAUCACCGGUCCAGACCUGCUCGGCAACUGCGGCACGAACUGCACCGGAUACGACAACUGCUACCUCACCAAUCGCGACGCUCUCAGUUCCUACGACUGGCGCACUGCCCCUGUCGCCACACUUGCAAGCCCAUACUCAGGUAUCCAAGUUGACGUCUUCACUGAGCAAGAAGCACUCCAAGUCUACACUUGCAACAACAUGAACGGCAGCUUCCCACUGAAAUCGACUCAAGGCUUCUUCAACGACUCUUCUCGUCCUCGAGUGACGAACAAGUACGGUUGCGUGGUGAUUGAGGUCGAGGAUUGGAUCGAUGGGAUCAACAACCCAGAGUGGGGACGUCUCGAGAAGCAGAUUUUUGGUCCUGCUGAUGGAGUGUAUGUCUUGCAGGCGAGGUAUGACUUCUCGUUGAACUUUGAACUGGCACAGGCGCAGAACCAGUCUGCCAGUGCGGGUGCUUAUCGUCGCGGCCUUUGA